CGUUUACCCAAUAUGUCAGCGCCCUGUGCCCCAGAAAAACACGAUGAGGAUUUGAAACUAUAACUGUGGCUUUGGGACAUCUAUGAAAGAACAAAAUGAUUAAUACAAGCAGCGGAGGACCAACACCGAAGAAAAUGAAAUUCUCCCAGAAUGGAGAUGAUCAUUACACAAAGAUCCGAGAAGAGCGCCUUCAGUUACCAAUACGUCCAGCACGAAAUAGAUUGAUACAAGAGGUACAGAGACAUAAUUCAGUGGUGGUCAUUGGGGAAACAGGGAGUGGAAAAACUACACAGAUACCACAGUACUUGUAUGAGGCUGGGUUACAUAGAAACUCCAUCAUUGCAAUUACACAGCCAAGAACAGUUGCAGCUAUUACAGUGUCACAGAGAGUAGCUUUAGAAAAAAGGUCUGAUAUGGGAGACCUGGUGGGAUAUCGUGUGAGAUUUGACGACACAACAUCAGAGCAUACAAAGAUCAAGUAUAUGACAGAUGGUAUGCUGUUGAGGGAGGCCAUAUCUGAUCCUCUCAUGAAACGAUACUCUAUUGUGAUACUUGACGAGGCCCAUGAGAGGACUAUACACACUGAUGUCUUGUUUGGAGUGGUUAAAUCAGCCCAGCACCAGAGACGUAAACUAGGAAUGAAACCUCUCAAGAUAAUAGUGAUGUCUGCAACAAUGGAUGUUGAUCACUUCUCACAGUAUUUUAACAAAGCACCUGUGCUCUACCUAGAAGGACGUCAGUUCCCAAUUACAGUGAUGUACUGUAAAGAAGAGCAGUCAGAUUAUUUGUUUGCUUCACUGGUGACACUGUUCCAGAUACAUAGGGAAGCUCUUCCUCAGGAGGACAUUUUGAUAUUUUUGACGGGACAAGAAGAGAUAGAGUCUGCUGCUAAGUCAAUACGAGAUAUAGCUAGAAACAUCACAGGGAAUGUUCCCAACUUGAUUGUUUGUCCAUUGUAUGCUGCACUGCCUUCACAGCAACAGUUGAAAGUGUUCCAGCCUACACCAAAGGGAUGUCGUAAAGUGAUUAUUGCUACAAAUAUAGCAGAGACGUCCAUUACAGUCAGUGGUGUGAAAUAUGUAAUAGAUUCUGGCAAAGUUAAAGCUAAGAUAUAUAGUUCUCGAGGUGGCCUUGACCUUAUGAAGGUUGUACAUGUGUCACAGGCUCAGGCACAGCAAAGAUGUGGCCGUGCCGGACGUGAGUCUCCAGGGACUUGCUACAGACUGUACACUGAACAACAGUAUGAAGCUUUCAGGAAGACUACAGUUCCAGAGAUACAAAGAUGUAAUUUAGCAAGUGUAGUUUUACAGUUAACUGCGAUGGGUAUACAAGAUGUUGUCAAUUUUGAUUUUAUGGAUAAACCUUCAUCUGAUGCUAUUUUAAGUGCAAUAGAACAAUUGAAACUUCUUGGGGCAUUGGAGAAUACAGAAGAAAUUAAGUUGACAGCAAUUGGCAAACAAAUGGCAGAGUUUCCUCUUGACCCUAGAAUGUCAAAGGUUAUCUUAUCAGCUAAAGAUUUCAAAUGUUUAGAGGAGAUUCUUACAAUUGUGUCACUUCUGUCUGUGGAUUCUGUUCUGUAUACCCCACAAAGCAGGAGGGAGCAAGCAGUAGCUGUAAGACAAAAGUUUAUGUCAAGUGAAGGCGACCAUAUAACACUACUCAAUGUAUUCAGGGCUUAUAAAGGUGUAAAUGGGAACAAGCAAUGGUGCCAAGAGAAUUUUAUCAACAUGAGAAAUAUGCGGACAGUGUUCGAUGUACGACGACAGCUCAGGGAUAUAUGUGUCAGACAAGAUCUACCUCUCAAUACAUGUG